AUGGCAGGUUCACACCCAAGUAAAACAACUUUAGCUAGGCUUUUGUAUGAUGAAAAGGAAGUGAAGCGUCACUUCAAAGUUAGGGCUUGGGUUUGUGUUUCUGAUGAGUUUGAUAUCUCUAAUAUAAGCAAAGUGAUUUAUCAAUCUGUAUCCGGGGAAACCAAGGAAUUUACAGAUUUAAAUUUGCUUCAAGAAGCUCUUAGAGAGAAACUUAAGGAAAAACUAUUUCUAAUAGUGUUAGAUGAUGUAUGGUCUGUAAGCUAUGCUGAUUGGGAUAAGUUAGUGAGCCCAUUUCUUGUGGGGGCUCCUGGAAGUAGAAUUAUCAUGACAACUCGGAAAGAGCAGUUGCUUAGAAAGUUGGGUUACGCUGAUUUAGUCCCACUUCCUAGUCUGUCACAUGAUGAUGCUUUGUCUUUGUUCGCUCAACAUGCAUUGGGUGUAGAUAACUUUGAUUCACAUCCAACACUUAAACCUCAUGGUGAAGGGUUUGUGAAAAAAUGUGAUGGCUUGCCUUUAGCAUUAAUAUCACUUGGAAGGCUAUUGAGGACAAAAAAAGAUGAGGAAGAAUGGAAGAUGUUGUUAGAUAGUGAGAUUUGGAGGUUAGAAAAUGAAGAUGAGAUUGUUCCGGCUCUUAGACUAAGCUCUUUCUGCCUCUUUGAAGCAGGUGUUUGCAUACUGCUCCUUGUUCCCCAAGGACUAUCUGUUCCACAAGGAGGAGUUGAUUCAGUUGUGGGGGGCAGAAGGAUUUUUGCACCACUCUACUAA